ACAAGCGUCGGGGCUGCGCCCUUUUGCUCUCGGCUGGCGGCGCGGUGCUUUCCGGCUGCCGUAAAGCGCGGCACUGAGCCUGCGGGCGGGGGCCGAGGGGCGGCGAUGGCGGCGGCGGACCGGCUGCAGAGCUUCUGGCUCCUGUUGGCUCCGCUGCUGGGGGGGCUCGCGCUGCUGGGAGUCGGGCCGGUCCCGGCUCGGGCGCUGCACAACGUCACGGCCGAACUCUUUGGGGCCGAGGCCUGGGGCACCCUGGCGGCCUUCGGAGACCUCAACUCCGACAAGCAGACGGACCUCUUCGUGCUGCGGGAAAGAAAUGAUUUAAUCGUCUUUUUGGCAGACCAGAGCGCACCCUAUUUUAAACCCAAAGUAAAGAUAUCCUUGAAGAAUCACAGCGCAUUGAUAACAAGUGUCGUCCCCGGGGAUUAUGACGGAGAUUCACAGAUGGAUGUGCUUCUGACGUACCUUCCCCAGAAUCAUGGCCAUGGUGAAGUGGGAGCUGUUAUCUUCUGGGGACAAAAUCAGACAUUAGACCCUAACAAUAUGACCAUACUCAAUAGGACUUUUCAAGAUGAACCACUAAUUAUGGACUUCAAUGGAGAUUUAAUUCCUGAUGUGUUCGGUAUCACAAAUGAAUCCAGCCAGCCACAGAUACUGUUAGGAGGUAACUCUGGUUGGCACUUUCCAUCAGCUCCUUCCCUGAGCACUGUGAGAGCGCCAGUUUCUCAUGUUUUUCUUAGCGCAACUUACAGUUCUGUUAUUUUCCUUCUAGAUUUAUUCCUCACGACAUUGUCACCCUCUAAUACCAUCAAGUUCGAGAUAUGGGAAAAUUUGGAUGGAAAUUUCUCCAUCAACACUGUAUUUGAAAAACCUCAAAAUAUGAUGGUGGUUGGACAGUCGGCAUUUGCAGACUUCGAUGGAGACGGACAUAUGGAUCACUUGCUCCCCGGCUGCGAGGAUAAGAGCUGUCAGAAGAGCUCCAUCUACCUAGUGAGAUCCGGAACCAAGCAGUGGGUCCCAGUCCUACAGGAUUUCAGCAAUAAGGGCACCCUCUGGGGCUUUGUGCCCUUUGUGCCCGAACAGCGACCUGCUGAAAUACCCAUUCCCAUCACCCUGCAUAUUGGGGACUACAACAUGGACGGCUAUCCAGACGCUCUCGCCAUACUGAAGAACACAUCUGGAAGCAAUCAGCAGGCCUUUUUACUGGAGAACGUCCCUUGUAAUAAUGCAAGCUGUGAGGGGGCGCAUCGUAUGUUUAAAGUCUAUUGGGAGCUGAUGGACCUAAAUCAAAUCAGAGAUGCCAUGGCUGCGACCUUCUUUGACAUUUACGAAGAUGGGAUCUUGGACAUCAUGGUACUAAGUAAAGGAUAUACAAAGAACGAUUUUGCCAUCCACGCACUAAAAAAUAACUUUGAAGCAGAUGCUUAUUUUGUGAAAGUCAUUGUUCUUAGUGGUCUCUGUUCUAAUGACUGCCCUCGCAAGAUAACACCCUUUGGAGUCAAUCAGCCUGGACCUUAUAUCAUGUAUACAACUGUAGAUGCAAAUGGAUAUCUGAAAAAUGGCUCAGCUGGACAACUCAGCCAGUCGGCACAUUUAGCGCUCCAGCUGCCGUACAAUGUACUUGGUUUGGGUCGAAGUGCGAAUUUUCUUGAUCAUCUUUAUGUUGGUAUUCCUCGUCCAUCUGGAGAGAAGUCUGUACGAAAACAAGAGUGGACUGCAAUCAUUCCAAAUUCCCAGUUAAUUGUCAUUCCAUAUCCCCACAAUGUUCCUCGAAGCUGGAGUGCCAAACUGUAUCUUACGCCAAGUAACAUUGUCCUACUUACCGCCAUAGCUCUUGUCGGUGUCUGUGUUUUCAUCUUGGCGAUAAUUGGCAUUUUACAUUGGCAGGAAAAGAAAGCAGAUGAUAGAGAAAAACGACAAGAAGCUCAUCGGUUUCAUUUUGAUGCUAUGUGACCUGCACUUAAUAUCACUGGAACAGCUAUUCAUUUGAUUAACUGAAAUACUAAAUUUGGCUUUUGAAUAUUAUUUAUAAAUGAUGCAUCCCUUGGUAAUUAUUGGAAAGUAUUUAAAUAAAUAUGGUCUGACUGUGUCACUGGUCUUUUUUUAAAGGACUUUGUAUACAAUAAUUUGGGUUCUUUAUUCCAUUGUGCUGUGUGUUUUUGUUCCUUUGUGGAAUGUGUUGCAUGCACUCAGGUGUUUAUAUAUUUAUGCUCUUAUUAGAAUAAUUAUAAUGGAAAAAGACGUGUAAAUAAAAAUCUUUAAAUGAGCAGGGGUUUUUAUGUUCCACUUGAAUUGGUCUUGCUUCUUAUUCUAAUGAUGCAAAUUUCAGUUUUGUGACUGUCACACAGAUAAAGUCAUUAAGCCUCCACCUUCAUCACGGCAGGUCAGGGUCUCUUGCCAGUGGCUUACAGUGUAGUGAUUGGGAAUCAGACAGACUGCCUUAAACUCCUGGUUCCACAAUUUACAAGCUGUAUGAACUUGGCCAAUUGCUUAACCUCGUCGGUAAGCCUCAGUUUCCUUGUUUAUAAACGGGGUUAAUCCUACUGCUGAGUUACUGUGAACCAUAAAUAGGGUGAUGUGUAUAAAGUGCUUAGCUUAGUGUCUAGCCGAGGCCAGUGCUCAACAAGACAUCAUUAUUACUGUUUUUAGAUCAUUUUUUUAGACUACUGCAACUAAUCACCAGUAGACUAGAUAGAAUUUUAUUUUCAGGCAUGAGGAAAUGAUGAUAUUCUUUGGAAAUUCUUGGUGGUUGACAUCUUACAUAAAGAUUUAGUACUUUCUCAUAUUCACUAAAAAUUAUAUUAUAGCACCCUCCAGGAAUUAAUGUGCCUAAAAUUUUCAUUUGAAUACUGAUCUUUGUCACAAAUGAAGAGCCUCUGAUUUCCUGAAAGGAAACUGCUGUAGGGAGCAUCUGGGAAUGCAGAUCUUCAAUCACGUUUCUAUUCUCAGGAGCUUGUAAGAGUCUAUCAUUCACAUUCAGGCAUCAACGCAAAUUUCUGUGAACUUCAUCUCACCAAAAAGUUACUGAAGACUCCAAUCUAGCAGAAAGUUUAUAUUAUCAGCGUUCAUAAUUUUCUGAUAUGCAAAUGGACAUGCGAUGGCUAUAAAACAUAAAAACUUAUCUGAAAACAAUUUUGUUCUUCCUAUUAUUUUUUUCUUUACAGUUCACUGAGAAUGGCACGUGUGUAUAGUGGUUUACUUUGUGUAGCUAAGCAUGUUAAUAUGGCUUCUUAAUAAAUAUUCUGUAUCAAAA